CUAUAACUGCAUGCUUCAGUUUUACUGGUCAAACCAUAGCCUCGCACUUGUGAGAGUCGCAGAGUUAGGCUCUGGUUGUUAGACGGUCAGUGGUUAAAAGUUCAUCAUUUCCUAAAAUUACUUAGUGUUGAGUUGAUAGAAAGGUGGUCACAGCUAUGUUGUCCACCCUGAGGAAGCUCUUCUGCUUUAAGAAGGAGCCGAAAACCCCCUUGGGGUUUUGUGACGGCCCAAGCAGGGGAACGGGAUACUUGUCCUGCUUUCACUGUGGAACUGAAGACAGGUACCGCCAGCCUUAUGACCCUGAAAACCAAUUUCAUGAGGCAGUAUGCAUGGGAAAGCUCAAAGUGGUGGUGCGUCUCCUCAGGAAGAAACAAUUUCAUGUGAAUGAUGAGGAUGAAGGGAAACGAACUGCGCUCCACUUUGCGUGCUUCUACGGCCGUGUCAAUCUGGUUCAUUUUCUGAUAUUUAAGCACUGUGAGAUUAAUGCCCUUGACAAUCAAAUGUCCACACCACUAAUGAAGGCUGUACAAAGCUGGGAGACAGAGAUCGUGACUGUCCUACUUGUUAAUGGAGCAGAUCCCAAUAUCAAAGACUGCAACGGAGAAGCAGCGAUCCACCAUGCAGUGUAUGUAGACAGGCCAGAUAUUGCCAGCAGUCUUCUUCAAUUUGGGGGAAACAUUGAAGAUACUACAAAGGAUGGGUUGACCCCUCUGCUGCUAGCACUCCGAGAAAGGAAACCCCGCAUGGCAGCAUACCUAAUCACACACGGUGCGAAUCUUCACGUAUCUGAUCAAUAUCUAAGAACAACACUCAUGUAUGCUGUUAGAUGGGAUUGUGAAAUUAUGGUUGAAAUUUUACUGAAGAAAGGUGUUGAUCACCAGUUAAAGGACACAUUUGGAUGGAGUGCUCUUUAUUAUGCCAUUAUGGGGAAACGCAAAACAAAAAUGGUGAUUAUUCAGCACGACUUACUUCUCUGGAAACAACAAAAUACCUUCACACGAAAUCAGCCUGAAGAUGUCUUUUCAUCAGGGUAAGAUUUUAAGGUCUUUGAAUAUGAAUGUUAACUUAUAAUUAGAAGCAGAAAAAAUAACUAAUGUUUAUUGAAUAUUGUGUUCUUCACUGAUUCCAUCUGAUUUAUUUAGUGUCCAUGAUGCAUUAAUAUAAUCAUACAUUUUAAAGCUUUUAUAUCCUUGUGACUAAGUGUCUUACUACUUUAGUAAACGUCAUCCAGAGAGUUUGAUUAAUUCUAUGAUCCCAUAGGUAACAAGUUGCCAGCUCUUGACUGAACUGUCAGCCUGUGCAUUCUCUUGUUCCUGUGACUACAUUGAGAUGAUCUCAUGUAGAAAACCAGUUUUUCUUAUGUGUCAACUCUGGAUUAGAGUUUUCCUGAGAAACCUGUCUAUAACUCCAUAGUUUUUCUUUUUGAAAGUUGUUCUUAGACACUACAUUGCUAUCAAGAUUGGAGGGGAACCUCUCUUAAUUGUGUCUGUAGUGCCAUAGGUUUGAAAUGAGCAAGAUGACAGAAGGCUUGGAAUUACAUUAUUGGAAUGGUAGUCCAUGUGCACAUAUACCAUGUUAUGUUGAUACAAUUGAGCAUCUAUAUAAGGGACAUUAUGAACUUAUACUCAGUUUUGUUUUCUCUUCAAACUACUGGACUGCCUGGGUACAGGAAGGUUUUUUUUUCUUGUUUUAUCAAGUCUUUGUUUCCCCAUGACACUAAGCAUUUUGAAAUUUUUUACUGUACAUUUAUUUUUCCUCGUGUUUCUUGACCUAUAGUUUAGAAUUUUUGACUGCCAGGUACUGCUUCUUGUUUUAUUAGAAAAUCUCAUAUCUGAAAAAUUUGUAGUUUUUAAGGAAUUUUGAAAACUAAUAAAAAUAUCCUGAGCACAGAAUGCUAGAUCCAACAUUAUACAUAAACAGUUGCUCUGAGGGAGAAGCCAAAACUAAAACACAGUAUUCUAUGGAGGUGGACAUACAAAUGGCCCAAUUUAGAUUCCCAUGCAUUCCUUCACUAAAAGACCAGUCCUUACUGACCAGUAUUUGAUUGAGAAUUUCUGUAGGAAAAUAUGGGAAUGAGUCAAGUGUUCCAAGAAUAGCAUUAAAAGUAGCCUAAUGGUGGAUGAUUUGAAUGACUUUAACAGGGGAAGGGCAAUUUCGAAAGGAAAAUCAUGGAGGCCAAUAGGACUAAGAGUUUGGCCUCGUAAUUAGUUUUUUAAAGACAAUAAAGUUAUUUACAUAGACACAGGAUGGUGAAAAUCAUCUGGGAAUGGAUAGGGUUGAAUGUAAUUUGGAAACUAUACUACCUUUUGUGCUUAAUUGAUAGAAAUGACAAAUAGAUUCUUCUGUUGAAACUUACUUGAGCAACCUGAAGUCUUUAUAGAAAACAGGAAUGUGGUAUCACAGAGGGUGGGCUAGAGAAUGUUCAGAACCAAGGGCUGAAAUGAAAAAUAUCUGUGAUCCUCUGCCACUA